CGUGGGGAAAAGCGGUCUACUCGCGCGAUCUUAUUUUUUUAACGUGUUUGUGCUGUGUGUGUCUCUGUGUGUUUGGCGUGCGGCUAACUCUGUUGUUGUUGUCCAAUUGUAGUUGUUGUUGGUAACAACGUGCGCGCCAUUAUUAACAGUAACUUAAAAGAAUAUCAAUACUCCAAAAAACGGAUAUGAAUACAAGCAAAUUGUAAACCUGCCACCCAAAAAGUUGCAACUGAAGCGCAAGAAGGAAGCCCAUUAAUAUAUCGAAAAUAAGGAAAACUCCAGCCGCACUGAGGAAAUCAAAGUAGGAGCAACUACAACUCGUUUGGGAGCAGUCGUCGCAAGAUCACAGAACGGGACGCAUCAUGACUUUCUACUGGUGGUCACACUGGUUCUGGAUAACCCUGAUCCUGGGUGUUAACUUGCUGUCCAGCCAUGUCCACACAUAUCCUAGCCAGGAGGCGGAGUCACUGACCUCCAGUCCGCAUACCCAAUCCCAAACCCCAUCCCAAACGCAGCCCGUGCGCACCACCAAGCUCUACCAAACGACGGUGACCCAGACGUGGGGCCCAGCCACCCAGAGCAACAUCAUGGACCUAACCCACCGACCCACCACCAGCCGGCCGGUGGUGACCCCCAGUUAUGGUGCUGGCCCCGAACUGGCCCAGGUCGCUGACGUUGACCAGGCGGUGGAGCUGCAGGAGGAGCAGGAGGUGGUGGAGGAGGAGGAGCUGCCGCUCAACGAUCGUGAGCAGGAGCAGGAUGAGAUCUCUGACCAGGAGCGGGAGGAGGAUGAGACAGAUUCAGAUCCAGAUGCGGAUGCGGAUAUCGAGGACGCUGUAGCAAACGAGGAGCUGGCGCAAUUCGAGUUCAAGCGAUCGGCGGAUUUUACCUCCGACCAGUUGAAUAACUUUACGAAUUUUAGCAGUAGCACUAGUACAAAUGGCAGCAGCAGCAGUAGCACCACCACAAAACCUGUUGCAAUCAGCAGCAGUAGUCCGGCCACCACAACAACCAGCACCGCGAAAGCGUUGGCCACAUCGCCGGCAGCUGCAACAACACCAAGGGCCGGAGGCAGUGCAUCCUCAUCCACGCCCGCUGGCUCCGCGGCAACGCCAUCCACGCCCAAGAUCCACACCGAGUGGUUGUCCGAUGAGCUGCUGGCGGGUGCGACUGGUGGCGUGGGGUCAGGGGUCACGGCCGAGGGCGAAAAGGCGCCGUUCACCCUGGAAAAUGCCAACAAGGAGGACGAACUUAGGCGUGCCGAAAGCGAGCAUAGAUCGCGAAAAUCGAAGGUUCUAUCCGCGGAGUAUAAGCACAUCAAUCGCUACAUCAAUUUCUCUGGCGACACCAAGAGUCUUCUGACCAGAUCCGCCUCCGCGGCGCCCAGCGUUGCGGGGGGUGUUACGGGAUCAGGGUUCUACGACGGAGGCGUCGGCGACGAGGGCAACAUCUCAUCCGAGGCACUGGCCAUUCAGCGCACGUAUUUCCUGGAUGCAGGUGCCAUUUCGGCGAUUUGCUUCACUGUCUUCGGCGUUUGCUGCACAGUGGGCACCAUUGGGAUCGUCCUGUAUCGCCGUCGGUAUCUGAACAAGCCGCAGGCUCUCAGCGAACCGGACUCGAGUGUCUAUAUCGAUGAUAGCACCAUGCGGGUGAGUGACAAUUCGGAUGAGAUGUACAGCCUGGACAACGACUCGUUUCUCAAUUCGCUGGAGGCGAUGACAAUACAGAACUACUGGACGGAUACGGUCAAACAUACAAAGCUUUAAUUUCCGGCCUUCCCCAUUGGAAGUACCGCCCCUCCCCCCCUGUCUCUAUCAUUUAUUGUACGUUUUUGGUUCGAUUUCGAUUACGAUUCUGUUUCGUUUCGUUUCGCUCUUAAAAUGAAAUUCCAUUCCUGAUUUGACAACCAGACAUCAUAAUCAUUAAGUAGCGUAGUUAUUAAGCGCGUGUAUGUAUUUACUAAUGUUAGGCAACCAAACGAGCAACUAGUUUAAGCCCAAAACUACCAAAAUUAUGUUUAGUGUACGUGUAGAUCCUAAGUGCGCAAUGUUUUUGUUGGUCUUGGCUGUUAGUUAAAGCCUUCCCCCCCUAACAACAUUCCCACUGACCCGAUCCCCGCUCUCUUUGAAUAAACCCCAUUUUACUCGUAUCUGUUAGUUAAUUAUUAAUUAUUAAACCUUAUUUAUAUUGUUGACUAUUUUAUCGCCCUUCCCAAUCCAAGUCUAAUUUUAGAAAUCACUAUUUAUUAAGUUUCCAACUUUGUGUCCAACAAUUAAAUGCAAUCAUUCCUUCCAGUUUAGCCUAUAGAGCAACUUUACACUGUAAUUAAUGUAUUUAAAGCGAAGCAAGCAAAUAACAAUUAAAAGAGAACAUCAUACAUACACAUACACACCGGUAUUGCUAGAAUUUUUGAGAAAAUAAACAGUGUCUAAUUUCUGAAUUAGUACAUUAGGUUUUCGAUGGGUAAACAGAACUUGCAGUUCAAAUUUAAAUUGCUUUAAGAAUCUUGAAUAUUCGGAUAACGAAUUAUUAUCACUGAAAUUCUGGCAAGGCUGCAUGAAAUUGUUUCAAUAUACACGAAUAUAUAAAAUGAAUUAUAAGCUAACGAAGAGCAAGAAAAACUGUUUACUGCCACACAAUCCUUGUCAAUUUUGCUCAUCGAACUUUUAUACACCACUUGUACUUGUACUAUCCGUUCGAAUGUUGCAAAUAUUAAACG